GGCUACCGCUCCCGUGCGUCCUUCAAGCUCAUCCAGCUCAACCGCACAUAUUACUUCCUGUCUGGAGCCCGCUCAUUGCUAGACCUGUGCGCGGCGCCAGGAGGUUGGUGCCAAGUGGCGGUGAAGAACAUGCCCGUGGGCAGCCUGGUGAUUGGCGUGGACCUGGUGGCCAUCAAGCCCAUCAGGGGGGUCAAGACGCUGGUGGGGGACAUCACCACGCAGAAGUGCCGGCAGGCCAUCAAGAAGGAGACGGGCGGCAGCCUGAUCGACGUCGUGCUGCACGACGGUGCGCCCAACGUGGGCGGCGCCUGGGCCACCGAGGCCUACUCCCAGGCCUGGCUGGUGCUGGAGGCGCUGCGCAUGGCCACAGACGUGCUGGCGCCCAAGGGCACCUUCGUCACCAAGGUCUUCAGGUCCAAAGACUACUCCCCCCUGCUCUACGCCUUCCAGCAGCUGUUCACCAAGGUGGAGGCCACCAAGCCCGUGGCCUCCCGCUCCACCUCUGCCGAGAUCUUUGUGGUGUGCCGCGGCUACAAGGCGCCCGCCAAGAUCGACCCGCGCCUGCUCGACCCCAAGCACCUCUUCCAGGUGGGCGCAGGGGGCAGGCCCGGAGAUGGAAGGGGUCCCAGCCGCUGCCGCCUGGAGGGGUAUGCUGAGGGCCUGUCCACCACGCACAAGGCGCUGACCGCGGGCGCCUUCAUCGCGGGGGACAACCCCAUCGAGCUGCUGGGCCAGUACACGACCAUCUCUCUGGCCGCGUUUGUGCGCAGCCAUUCUGCCACCGAUGCGGAGGUUAGGACGCUGUGCAAAGACCUUCAAGUGCUGGGCCGCAGCGAGUUCAAGCAGCUGCUGCGCUGGCGGCUGCUGGUGAAAAAGGACCUGCAGCGCCAGCAGGCGGCGGCCGCCAAGGCGGCGGCGGCGGCGGCGGCGGGCGAGCGCGGCGGCGAGGAGGGCGGCAGCGGCGGGGAGGAGGAGGAGGAGGACCCAGAGGAGAAGCUGCUGCGGGAGAUGGGGGAGGUCAAGGACAGGUGGGGACGGGCUGCUGCCCUUUCCGCUGCCGCUGCUGCUCCGUGUUGA